UUCCUUCCACUUACUACUUAAACACAACUUUGUGUUGGUAGGUAACAUAAAAUACACUGAAAUUUGUGGUUGUAAUAUGGCAAAGUUCUGAGGGCACUAAUGUGUUUGCAAGAUCCCAUAACACACUAGAUGCAGAAGGAUUUACAUUGAGAAGUUUUGUAUUAAGGUUCAUACUCUUGGCUCUGGAUCUAACACAAACUAUUGAGGAGCUGAUCAUGCAUUAAUGAUGAUUAUAAUGAGCAUUUUGGACAUAGUAAUAAUAAGCUCAAAUGUAUUAAAACUAAAUUAGAGGCUAAGAUUUUAAGCCUAACGGAAACCAAUGCUUUUAUUGUGAAGGACAAACAUUUCAACCGGAACUACUUAUUGUCCACGCCGGUGGUCGCCUAAGAGCAAUAAAACUGGUGUUUUUCCGUAGUCCGAACUCUGGACCCGCCUGGAACCAUGCAGAUAUGUAAUGUGUGCAGCGAACAGGCUCCAAAAUACAAAUGUCCAUGCUGCAAAAUACGAUAUUGUUCACUUGGCUGUUACAAGAAGCACAAAGAGACCUGCCUUCCUGUUGAGAAGCCUCCUUCACCAAGCUCUGAAUCUAAAGAUGCUGCUGCUGCAUUUGCAGAGCCUUGGAGUGUGGACGAUCUUCUACAUGAAGACGACAUCAUUGACAAAGUACCACUGCACAGGCUUCAGUCGUUGGGUCAGUCAACAGCGCUGAGAGACCUUCUCUGCAACCCCCACCUGAGACAGUUACUGCGCUCUGUUGACGGUGCAGAAAGCAAAGAGGCUGCGAUCAAGGCUGCCAUGCAAGAACCUCUGUUUGUGGAGUUUGCAGAUCAGUGUUUAAAAGUUGUUGAAAAUGAAGGCACUGUAUACGAUUCAUAAAAAUUGUGUCCACAGCUAACUUUAGAUUUUUCUUCUCCGUACAUGCCAUAGAUUUUACGUAGCAGGUAAUUCCUUGAAAUUCCCAUUUUUUCCCAUUAUGCUGCAGUUGCGUUUAUUUCCCUUAGGAGGGCGCCAGAUACAAGCACAUUGGAAGUAACAGCACAACGUGAUCCUGAGGUCACUUUGCAGAUUCUUUUUGGCAAUUUGUGUGAACAUCUGAGAUCCUGAUUUAAUUUGUGCUAACGACUGUAUUUGUAUUUCUCAAGAGAAAGAGGCUGCUUUGGAUUUUAUGAUUAAAUUUUCUUCAACUGAAGAAAAUUA